GCAGCUUAAACAACGCGUUAUAAUUUACCAAACAGACAAAAGGCUUCUGAUAUCGUCGAGGCGCUAGCGCAUUCGUUCGCGCGACGUAAUAAGUGUAACACGCGCGUUCAAUUUAUGUAAUAAUGAUGCUAGCCGGUGUUCAAAUUGUGGAAAAUCAAAGUGUGUCGUAUAAGUCUGAAGGGACGGGAAAUAUGGAGGGUGAUGGAAGGUCUUCGUUAAGUACACCAUCAAUUCCUUCACAUUCCUCAAAGUGCCCGACACCUUCACAGGAGCCUAGGGGACUGUCCCGCGUUCCCAAUCGGGAACCGGUGGAUAUUCAGUUCAACAACAUAACUUGUACCGUCAGUCUCGGAAUUAAUAAGGGCACAAAAGAAAUUUUACACAGCGUGAAUGGAAGACUUAGGCCUAAACAGUUAAUUGCUAUUAUGGGGCCAUCAGGCGCGGGAAAAUCCACAUUACUAGAUGUCCUCUCUGGAUACAGAAUAUCUGGAGUUGGUGGCUCUAUAUUUAUUAAUGGAAGGGAUAGAAAUAUGAAGCGCUUCAAGAAAAUGUCAUGUUAUAUUCAGCAAGACGACCGAUUGCAAGGAUUACUUACAGUCAGCGAAAAUAUGACGUUAGCUGCUGAUCUCAAACUGCCCACUAAACUAGACAAAUAUGAAAAAGGAGAAGUGAUAGAAGAUAUUCUUACAAAUCUCGGUCUGUAUGAACACAUGCAUACCAGAGGUGCCCAGCUUUCCGGCGGUCAAAGAAAACGUCUUUCAAUUGCCCUAGAACUCAUAAACAACCCUCUAGUCAUGUUCCUCGAUGAGCCUACAACGGGUCUAGACAGUUCAUCCUGCACGCAAGUGGUGCAACUAUGCCAAAGCCUUGCACACCAAGGCAGGACCAUAGUAUGCACAGUGCAUCAACCAUCGGCUUCACUGUUCGCUGUUUUUGAUGCCGUGUAUGUCUUGGCAUCGGGUCAAUGUCUGUACCAGGGUACCACUAAGAAUCUUGUACCGUAUGUCGAAGAAGCUGGAAUACCUUGCCCAAUUUAUCACAACCCAGCCGAUUAUGUAAUUGAAAUUGCAUCCGGAGAGUACGGCGAGGAUAAAUUAGAACUUCUCACAAAAAAGAUAGAUAAUGGCAAAGCCCAUAACUGGUUUGAUGAUCAUGAGUCUCUACCAACAAUGGAGUCUCUAAGAAAACUAUAUCCAUUAAGCGCUAUGAAGGAAAUAGAUGAAAGCUCAGGUUCAGAAGAAACGUCACAGGCGAAUCAAAGAUCUGUACUUAUUCGGCGAGGGUUCUUGAAGGCGAAGCGAGAUGCUACUAUGACCCACUUACGUAUUAUGGUCAACAUAGUGGUGGGUAUCAUGUUGGGGACGCUCUUCAUCAACGCUGGCAAUGAGGGCUCUCGAGUUCUGGAUAACUACAAUCUGCUCUUCGCUAUUUUAAUGCAUCAUAUGAUGUCACCAAUGAUGCUUACGAUACUGACGUUCCCAUCAGAGAUGUCUAUCUUACUCAAGGAGCAUUUUAAUAGAUGGUAUUCUUUGGGGUCCUAUUACGUAUCUGUGACCAUCGUGGAUUUGCCAAUAUCGAUAUUUUCAUGCGCAAUAUUCAGCGUGAUCGUGUACAUUAUGUCGUCCCAGCCACUGGAAAUAACACGAUUCGCGAUGUUCUUCACAAUAUCUCUACUCACAGUUCUAGUAGCACAGAGUUUCGGUCUGAUGGUGGGCGCCGUGUUUAAUGUUGUUAACGGAACCUUCCUUGGACCAACUCUCUCUGUACCAAUGAUGAUGUUCGCUGGCUUUGGAGUGACUUUACGUGACCUUCCGCCAUACCUUUACUGGGGAUCCUACGUGUCCUACUUACGAUACGGCCUCGAGGGCUACAUUAGCGCCAUUUACGGCCUCAACAGACAGACUCUAGCCUGUGAUGAGGCUGAAUACUGUCAUUAUAAACACCCCAAAGUGUUCCUCAAGGAUGUAGCAAUGGACCCAAAUAUGUUUUGGUGGGACACCGCCGCUCUUACAACCAUACUCCUAGUAUUACGUACCGCGGCGUUCCUUCUUCUUAGGUGGAAACUUAGCGCCGUGCGAUAAGUAUAUUUUUAAUUUAAACAUUUUAAGUUCUAGGUUCGAUUACCUGCAUAAUACAUUUCAGAUUGCGCACCUAUAGACAAAACCGAACAAUAAACAUGCCUAAGCCCCAGGGUGCUCAUUUAAGUUAUUUAAUUUUAAACAAGACUGUGAAAGCAACAUUGUUUCAACGUUACUUAAAUUAGUUAAUCAUCUUAUAUUAAAGGUAUUAAAAUUCUAUUCAAAGUAAUAUUGAUGUAAUCUUGCUAACAGUUAGAAAUGCCUCUUGUAUUGGCAGUUUUUUUCUAUAUUAAAUGCGCUUUUCAUAAAAUAUACGGACCGUAGAGAAUACGACUGAUAUUUCGUUAUAGAAUUCAAAAAUUAGUUGUUAAUUGUUUCACAGAUGUCUGUGUUGCCUAUUAAGUAGUUUAAUUCAGAAUUGAGACUUAGCGCGAACUAUGACACGUAUCUCAAAAUCAAACAAAUAUUUGACAUACCCGAUACUCAUCUCUAAGUCUAGAUUCAAAAUCUUAAAGACACAAACUCAAGUUCAAUUAUACUCACGAAAGAAUUUCAAUGAGUUGUUUUAUAAAUCUUUCCUUAUUCACUCAAUUUAUUUUUAAAUUGAUUUUGGUAGUUCCUACAAACAAAAUUUGUAUCAUAAAAUUAUUAUACCUUUGCCAAGCGCCUUUUUUAAAUAUCCAAGUAAUUGUUCAGUGUCGGUCUGAGCGCACAAGUCAUUUUAUAUUUUGUGUCUAUUUUUUGUUAGUACCUCUUUCGUGAGACGAAAUGUGUGUGAAUUCGUAUUAGCCCAUAUUAUAUUAUAUAAGGUUUGGGGUCCAAAGUGCUAAAAUAUUGCCAUUUAAUUUAAUCAUAAGUUUAACUUUAAAAUGUGGUAAUGCUACUGUGAUAAUGCGUUUAAAAAUCUAUUUGUUGAAGUUAAAUUCAUUAAAAAACAAAGGUGUAUUUAAUCUUAAUUGUAUUUUUCACUAAACUUAAAAUAGUUAUAAAACCAUAAACAUAACAAUAAAUGGCACCUUAUAAUUUGGACAAAGAAUACAAGACAAAAAAUUUCACCAUUUAAGAAAAAAAUAAAAGCAUUCGAAGCUUUAAAUGUAAAAAAAAAGUCGAAGCAAACAUAUAAAUUGAGUAUGUGAUGUAUUUUAUAGCUGUAUCCCUUCAUAAAGAGUAUAGUUGUUGAUGUCGAUUUAAUGUAGUUAUAUUACGGUGAUGUACCUACAAUAUAGUAGGAUUUUUGUACACAAACAUUUUGUUUAUAAUAGAUAAUAAAUUCUUUUAGAUUAGUGAAUUAGCUUUAAACUAUAAGUUAUGUUUUAGCAAUAAAGUCCGAGGUUCUCUCGAAAAAUGUAUUUUUCAAUAAAAAUAUAAUUGUUUA